GUAAAAAGCCGAUAUGCCUGAGAACGUGAAAAAAAACGGGCCUUUGAUAGGUGCUAUCGACGAGGGAACGAGUAGCGCCAGAUUUUUGGUGUUUGACGUUUUACGCAGGAAGGUGGUUGCUUUGCAUCAGAUCGAAAUCAAGCAGAAAUGUCCUCAAGAGGGAUGGGUGGAGCAAGAUCCGAAGGAAAUAUUACAAGCUGUCAUAACAUGUAUAGAAGAGACAGUGAAAAAGAUGAAGAAUCUUGGCAUGCCAGUCUCGGAUAUCAAAGCUAUUGGGAUUACUAAUCAAAGGGAAACAACACUGGUGUGGGAUAAGGAGACCGGCGAGCCUUUGCAUAAUGCAAUUGUAUGGCACGAUAUGAGGACAACUACCACUCUAGAAGAUGUACUUGAUAAAAUUCCCAACAAAACGAGAAAUAAGAAUUACUUGAAACCUCUAUGCGGCUUACCGAUGUCUCCCUAUUUCAGCGCUCUCAAGAUACGCUGGUUGAUAGAUAACAUUCCACGCGUGAAGCAAGCGAUAGAUGCGCAGAAGUGUGCUUUCGGAACGAUUGAUACGUGGCUCAUUUGGAAUCUCACAAAGGGCCAGUUGCACGUUACGGAUGUGUCGAAUGCGUCACGCACGAUGCUGAUGAAUAUCGAUACACUGAAGUGGGAUCCUGUAUUAUGCCGCUUCUUCAGCAUUCCGCAGCACAUCCUUCCCGAGAUACGAUCCAGCGCAGAGAUUUACGGCUCUGUUUCAAAUCCUCAAGUUCUCACGGGCAUACCUAUAGCAGGUUGUGUGGGUGAUCAGCAAGGCGCUCUCCUUGGCCAGUUAUGCUUGAAACCUGGUCAAGCAAAAGCUACAUAUGGCACAGGAUGUUUUUUGCUUUACAACACAGGAAAUACAAAAGUCGAUUCGACGCAAGGCUUGAUAACUACGGUCGCUUACAAAAUCGCACACGCUCCACCUGUUUACGCAUUAGAGGGAUCUGUCGCUGUUGCUGGAGCUGCUUUAUCCUGGCUGCGAGACAACAUGCAAAUGCUCAGUAAUAUCACGCAAACGCAGGAUUUGGCAGAGCGUGUAAGAUGCUCUGGCGACGUGUAUUUCGUACCGGCCUUUUCGGGGCUGUACGCGCCUUAUUGGCAACAGGAUGCGCGCGGAGUAAUCUGUGGUAUUACCGAGGAUACGCAGCAAUAUCACAUCAUACGAGCUGCAUUAGAAGCAGUUUGCUUCCAAACGAGAGACAUAUUGGAAGCAAUGGUAAAAGAUUCAGGAACGAAACUGACGACUCUGCAGGUUGAUGGCGGCAUGACUGUGAACGAUUUGUUAAUGCAAUUGCAGGCGGAUUUAACCGGAAUUACUGUUGUGAGACCAAACAUGGUUGAAACGACAGCAUUAGGUGCUGCCAUUCUAGCUGGCCGUGGUGUAGGUUUAAUUGAUAUAAACGAAGUGGAUGCAUCUCAAGUAACGAAAUUUUCACCCGAGAUUGGUGAAGAUGAGAGAGAUCUUCGAUAUUCCAAGUGGAAAAUGGCUAUUGAGAGAUCUAUGAAGUGGGAUUGUUCCUCGACUAUGAUAGAUAAUUAAAAUCGUAUGCGCACGUAUAUUUUUGUACCGGAUAUGGAAUGGAUAUUUAAAAAAUACGGGACAAUAUAAAAGUUGUAAACAUCUGUGA